AUGGCUUCAGAAGAUAUCCCCGUUACUAACGAAAGCAUGGGGCAGCCUCUUUCGGCGAAGAACCAGGUCCUUACCGCUGGCGCUGCAGUGACACAGGAGUUUCGACCGACAAAGCACAUUUGUGCUCAUCUCAACGCUUUCCAUGCCUACGCCGAUGAUCCCUCUCGCUUCGUGGAAACAAACCAUUACUGCGCCCAUCUAAACGAGGACGUCCGCCAAUGUCUCCUCUACGACUCCGACACACCCAACGCACGCCUCAUAGGAAUAGAAUACAUGAUCACCCCCAAGCUCUACGAAACACUCGACCAACAAGAGCGCCAACUCUGGCACUCGCACGUAUACGAAGUAAAGUCGGGAAUGCUCAUCAUGCCGAACCGCGCUGUCCCCGAAGCAGCUUGGCAGGUAGCUGAGAACUACGAGAUGGAACAGGUGGUGCAACUGUACGGAAAAGUGUAUCAUUUGUGGCAGACGGACCGCGGGGAUACGUUGCCCCUAGGAGAGCCGAAGCUGAUGACGAGUUUUACGGCGGAUGGGCAGUUUGACUUUGAGAAGCAUGUUGGGGAGAGGGAUGCGAGGUUUGGCACGGAUUGGAGGGUUAAGAAGGAGGCGAGGAAGGAUAUUCCGGAGCCGGUUAUUCAUGAUGAUGCGGAUCGGGCUUGGAAGCAGGCCUAA